AUGGGCUCGCUUGGUAUGGCAACGAUUAAAAUCCCAUCACCGUCCACGAUUCUAGACUCGACCGACCCGGCUCCGGAGUCAACGCGGGGAAAACCUACUUCAUUCUCCAAGGCAAAGGUCACCACACAAAAGCCGAAACAGACCAAAAGUCGCAAUGGUUGUAUCACCUGCAAGGCGAAGCGGUUGAAGUGCGACGAGACGAAACCUUCCUGCCAUCAGUGUGAGCGCCGUAAGGUGUCCUGUGGUGGAUACAAGAAGGACUUUAAAUGGCGACCAUUUGAAGAGACCAACUUGGCUGUGGGUCGCCCUACGGCCAAACCAAAACAAGGUACGAAUGAGAUAUACACCGCAAAAAAUCCCUCGCAUCCGCCGUUCGCAUUGCCAAAUCAUGACCUUUCGUCGACAUCGCCUACCAUCGAGCUAUUACCGUCUCCGAAAAGAGCGCAGUCCAAUAUCGCAAAUACAUCACCGCAAGACUCGGCUUCGAUACAUAGCUCACCGCAAUCUAUCACGAGCUAUGUAUCAGGGGAUACGCAUUUGUUCGACGAGUUCCCAGUAGUAACGGAGCAUUCCUCGACGGGGCAGGAUACAAUUCCGGGCAUCGCGGUGUCGCAUGGCUUGGAUUCCGACUCAUUCAAUUUUCUUUCUUAUCUCGAACCCUUUCCGACUAAUAUUUCCUUGGAUGAUGAUUUAAUUUCAAGUACAAACGUGGACACAAUAUCAGGCCCUUUGGCCUUCGGUCCUCAGGCUUUUCAACCAACAUCGGAAGCAGGAUUCGACUUAUCCCAAUUGCUUAAAGAUGACAAUGAGGAAAUUGAAGAGAUCAUCCGACUGAGUAACCGGUCGUCCGGUUCCUGGGAUUCAAUCCUCUCAAGGCAGAGUGUGAACAUUUUUGAUUUCUCUCGCUUGCCCGGGCAGCCUUCAUUGGGACCAGAAAGUCCAGAAAUGCUAGCGAUGCGAUUUGACAAAUUAACAUGCGGCAUCUUGUCUGUCAAAGACGGCAGCACGGAGAAUCCCUGGCGGACAUUGAUCUGGCCCCUCGCGAAGGAAACACCAGCUUUGUACCAUGCUCUAUUUGCGCUAACCGCUUUCCACUCUUGCAAGGAGAACCCCUCCUUACGCGUUCAAGGCGUGAAGCAUAUGCGACAGAGUAUGACUUGUUUGCGACAACAAAUUCAAAGUAUGCGAGCGGAUAUGGCACUGGCUACGAGCUUAGCUCUAGCAUUUGCUGAUACUUGGGAUCAAAAUACCCGUACAUGUGUCCAGCAUCUGCGUGGAGCAAAAGCGUUGAUGUUUAAGGUGCUAAAUGCAGGUCUACAGGGUCGGCUUAAUCCAGAGGAGCUGGAGCGGAUUCGAUUUCUCUACAAUACUUGGACAUAUAUGGAUGUCAUUGCAAGACUUACCUCUUUAGAUGAGUCCGGUCCGCAGGAUCUUAAUCCAGCGAUUUUCCACUUACCCGGUGAUGCUGUGCAUGAAAUAGACCCUUUGAUGGGCUGUGCGGCAACCCUGUUCCCUAUAAUUGGCCGCGUUGCACGGUUAGUUCAGAAAGUGCGCAAGUGCUCAUCUAAUUCCGUUUCCAUUGUAUCUCAAGGAAUGGAGCUCAAGUCACUUGUUGAGCAAUGGGAGCCACCACAAUGGUUUGAAGCACCUGAAGACCCCACAUCCGAGGUUCAGCAUAGCAUUCAGGUGGCGCAUGCGUAUCGCUGGGCAACACUCUUGUACCUCCAUCAAGCCGUUCCAGAAAUUCCAUCCGAUCCACCUGAAGAAUUAGCGCAACGGGUUCUACUUCUAUUGGCAACAGUACCACCUUCAUCCCGUGCGACCAUCAUUCAAAUGUUCCCACUUCUGGCUGCUGGAUCUGAAGUUGAUGGAGACGAUGAUAGGAAGUGGGUUAUGGAUAGAUGGUUUGUCGUUCAGUCACGAUUAAUGCUUGGAGGCAUUGAUCGCUGCCUCGAUGUUGUACGGGAAGUUUGGGCACGUCGAGAUAAGCUCAAGGCUCAAAAGGAACAGCAGAACAUUGUAUCCCCUGGCGCAACCGGAUCAGGCUCUGCUGAUACUGAAGCUAAGCUCAAGUCUGGGUUCCGAUUACCUGAUAACAAACCCAACCCCAGAGGUUUUCAUGCUCGCACGACCUCGAAUGUCAGUGAUCAGCAUGAGAGAUCUAUGCAAGGGAUACCGAGCGCUACUCCAAAGAGUGGGACCGCUAGACGAGGCUCUACACUGUCGCCGUUGGAGAAUAUCGAAUUUGAGAGAACUGUUCGAAGUCCAUUGCAUUGGGUGAAUGUUAUGGCAGAAUGGGGAUGGGAA